AUGGACGUACAGACCACGAUGAUGACAAAGAAUCCGCCUGACUUGACAGGAUUACAAAAUUCAGUGGUUCAGUCUUUCAAAUACUUUUCUGAAAUUCAACAACUCAAAAUUGUAGGCAAUGUUAAUCAAGAAAUUCUUAAUAAAAUUUCGGAGGAGAGAAAUAAUUUUCGAGAUUUUGCCGAAGAAUCAAUAAAUCACAGUCUCUUAAUGAAAACUCAUGCUAGCGAUUUGGUUACAUUUGCUGAGUGCUGUGAAGAUAAGAGCAUUAGUGAUGUUGAGCUGUUGGAAUUCUUAAGAUCAUGUUUGGAUGAUGCCAAGUCAAAUAAGGAGAUAUCCAUAUCAUUAAACGACAAACUUAAGGGAAUUAGGAAUCGCUUGGGAGAUGUAAAUAACGAAAAAACUAUGGAAAAACAGAAGAAUUUAUCUAAAAAAAUUAGUGAAGCAGAUAAAGUAACAGAUAAUGCAAUGAGUUGGGUCGUAGCUGCGGUGGCGGCAGCUCCGUUCACCGGUGGGGCAUCGUUGGCUGCUGUUACUGUUGCGGAAGCUAUUGCGGAAGCUAUUGUUUUGAUAGUCUCUACUACGGUCGCUGGAGCUUCUGCAAUUCGCAGUUCCUUUCUAAAUAAAUUAAAAACUAUUCUACCAGAAAUUAAAAAAAACCUGGAUAAUAUUGAUAUGAUGUUAUCUCAAUUUGAAUCUUAUUGGGAGAUUCAAAUUGCCGAAAUUGAUGACAUCAUUAAUAAGUUGGAAAGUAAUAAAAAUAAUAGCAAUGGAAAACGAAUGAUAAAGCCUGUAGCCAGGGCUAUUUCAAAAAAAGCGAAAUCAAUUCAAGAAGAUUCUCAUAUUUACAGUAAAUUUAUGCGAGAUGCUGUGAAUGCUGAUAAGAUUGGUAGGAAAUUAUGUAAUUAA